CUUGUUUCGGUACGUUGUUACUUGGUAGUAUUUCGGUAUUUUUCUGUACCUUUACCAAGCUCACUCACAGACGCCAUGACCGACCCAUAUAGAGGAUAGGAACCCUCAUCCUCAUUGGCAUCUUCCGCCCUAUCGACGGCAACCUGCUCGACGAAAUUCCUACUAAGGUUUAGGGGGAAAUCUCUGUUCAUAAUUAGAAGGUUUAGGGGGAGAUCUCUGUUCAUAAUUAGCAAUGUGAAAUAGAUGUGCUUAUCAGCGGUUGCUAAACAUUGUAUUUCUUCCACUUUUGAAGUGGUGAUCGUACAGAAGAAACUGAAGAACUUGAUGGUGGCAUCACUUUUACUUUCGAUCAAACUUUUUCUAAUUCGACAAAGAAUGAAAAUAGUUAUGUUACACAAGACGAGCUUUAGCUAACACGUAACCAUAGUGAUCUUUGCUCGUUUGGAUGAGUACCUAAGGAAGAACAAUGUGAAUGCAUUUGUUGUUAUGCUUUCUGUGCACACAGACUAGAUGCUAUAUCUGAUUUAGAUACGUUUUGAAAGUAUCUGGUGUUUUCUGCACCAGAAGAUGAUGCGAAGAUUGCAGUCUACUCUGAAAUGUUCCUGCAGCUAUGUCAACUGUGGCAUUCACAAUGUGGCGAGUUCAAGUUUCAAGGAUGAACAGCCUUUUAAUGUGUAUAUAGGCUCCUUGUGCAAUCAAAUGCUUUUCAGGGACGCCCUUCAAGCCUUUGAUGUUUCACGAAAGAAAGCAGAUUGCCUGAUUGAUCCUAGCACAUAUAUUCAUUUGAUUUCUGCGUGCUCAGCUUUGAGAUCCGUGGAAUAUGGAAGGAAAAUUCACGACCAUCUCUUGGGAUCUAACUUGCUCCCCUAUAUGAUUCUUGAGAAUCACCUAAUCAAUAUGUAUGGGAAAUGUGGAUUAACAGGGGAUGCUAAGGAAGUUUUCGACAGUAUGUGGGAGAGAAAUGUGGUGAGUUGGAAUGCAUUGAUUGCUGGAUACUCGCAGCACGGCCAGGACAUUGAAGCCAUUGAAUCGUAUAUCGAAAUGCAGCAGUCUGGUUUUAUGCCCGAUCACUUCACGUUUGGAGGUGUGAUUAAAGCUUGUUCACGUCUGGCAGAGGCUGGUUUGGGGGAGCAAUUGCAUGCCAAGGUUGUUAAGUCUGAAUCUGGCUCCCACCUAAUAGCUCAAAAUGCUCUCAUUGCAAUGUACAACAAGUUUGGUCGAAUUAACGAGGCAUGGCAUGUUUUCUCCUUAAUCAAAUUAAAGGAUUUGAUUUCCUGGAGUUCAAUUAUUGCAGGGUUGUCAAAACUGGGUUAUGAGAUAGAAGCUCUGAGUUGUUUUAAGGAAAUGCUGUCACGGGGUACUUACCACCCGAAUGAAUUUAUCUUUGGGAGUGUUUUUAGAGCUUGUGGAUCUCUUGGUCAGCCAGAAUAUGGCAGGCAGAUACAUGGGGUUAGUGUUAAAUAUGGUUUUGAAGCCAAUGCUUUUGCUGGUUGCUCCCUGACUGAUAUGUAUGCAAGAUGUGGCUUCUUGCAUUUGGCCAAAACUGCAUUUAAACUGAUCAAACAUCCUGAUAUAGUGUCAUGGAAUGCAGUGCUAGCAGGUUUUGCAUAUGCUGGUGAUGCAAAUGGAGCAAUGCUGUUCUUUUCUUGGAUGAGGCAUUCGGGGUCAGAACCGAAUGAUAUCACUGUCCGUUCCCUGCUCUGUGGCUUUGCAGGUCCCUCAACACUUUCUCAGGGGAAACAGAUACACUGCUAUAUUAUAAAGACUGGACUCGUGCUGGACCUUCCAGUAUAUAAUACAUUGCUUUCAAUGUAUGCUAAUUGCUCAGAACAUAUGGAUGCAUGUAAAAUGUUCAAUGAUAUUCGAGACAGUGCUGCAGAUCUUGUCUCUUGGACUACUAUAAUCACUAUGUGCAUGCAUCAGCACCGGGCUGCAGAAGUUUUCGUGUUAUUUAGAACAAUGUUGCUACUUCACGGGAGACCUAAUGGUGUUAUCUUGGCCAAUGUUAUCGGAGCAUGUGGGAAAAUCGCCACAUUAGAGAUGGGGGAUCAAGUUAACUGUUGCGCUGUGAAGUAUGGGCUCGACUCUGGCAUUGUUGUCAUGAAUGGAUUGAUUGAUAUGUAUGUCAAGUGCGGAUCACUUGAAAGCGCUGGAAAGGUCUUCAACUGCAUGCCCAAUCCGAAUGUUGUCUCAUGGAGUAGUUUAAUUGUGGGAUACGCACAGUUUGGCUUGGGUCAAGAAGCUCUGGAUCUCUUCAGAAGAAUGAAGAAACAAGGCAUAAAACCUAACCAGGUUACAUUUGUAGGAGUUUUGAUUGCUUGUAGUCAUGUUGGACUGGUGGAUGAGGGGAUACAGCUUUUGAAAUCUAUGGAACGUGAGCAUGGUGUGAUCCCUACACAAGAGCACCUCUCGUGCGUUGUUGACCUUCUUGCUCGAGCUGGUCGUAUCCAUGAUGCAGAAGCUUUCAUAGAUCAACUGGGAUUCGAACCUGAUGUAGUGACAUGGAAAACUGUAUUGGCUGCUUGUAAAAAUUGUGGCAAUGUUGAAGUUGGAAGGCAUGUUGCUGAGAAGAUCUUGAGAAUUGAUCCUUCCAACCCUGCUGCUCAUGUCUUGCUGUGCAACAUACAUGCCUCUGCUGGCAACUGGAAAGAUGUGGCCUGUUUGAGAGCUUCGAUGAGAGAGAAGGGCAUCAAGAAACUCCGCGGGCAGAGCUGGAUCAAAGUCAAGGAUCAGAUCCACGUUUUCACAGCAAAAGAUGGACUGCAUCAGGAAAAGGACAUGAUAUUUUUUACUUUGGAUGAGUUAUUGUUGCAAAUCUCUGAGGUUGGUGAUGUUCCCACCUUCAACUAGAGAUCAACACUUCCUCAAAGGUUUUCUUAGUUAAAGUGGGAAGGAGGGAGAGUCGUAGUGAACUUCAGAAAGGCAGAUGCUGCUCUAGCGCAGCUUGAAAAUAGGUUAAGGUGGAGAGAAGGAAGAAGACGAUGAGGAAAAAGAAGGUGAAGAAGAGGAAGAAGAAAUUACAGAAGAGGAUUUGCUAAUAGUUCAAAUAGUCUCUUCCGUGGAUGUCAGUAUAAGUCCAUGGAGACCUUCGAAUCAAACUGCCUCGGGAUUAAUGAAGACGACCACCAGACUUUAAAACCUACAGGCACCACGUCAGACUUGGUCUACACCGAAUUCUUACAAUAAUUUUACAACCCCUGUAAUGGAUCGGACAAUUUUCAUAAAAUUGUUUGUUGGCGUAACGGGCGCUCCUGGCCAAACUCCUGCUGCGUGAACAUGGGAAAGCUAGACAGGAUGAUGCAUUCUAGAUAUCUAGACUACUACUCCUGAAGAACUAUCUAUCAUUCUGUGAGAUCAGCAAGUGGCCUAUUUCAUUCUGAAAUAACCUGAAACACCAAUCUUAGUUGUAUCAAAGUUUCGGGUUUAAAUGAUAAAAAAUUUCAGUUAUUUACUA